CUUCAUUUUUAACUCUAAUUUUUUAUCCAAGGCCCUUGAUGCGUCAUAUCGAAACUUUCAAAGUCGUAUGAUUGUACCUCCCGGACACUCAGUUGCAAGCAUACCCAGCUCUUUGACGUUUCGUCGUCUGGCUAGCUAUCAUUCUAUCCACUCGCCACCACCACCACCAAGUAGCACAAAUGUUGGAUUUGGAAGUUUUAACCUGGCAGCCCAAGGUAUCAUCAUUAGAUUGUGAACACAACUUGUGUUGAAAUCACAUUUUUAUAGUAUCCGCUGCUUCAUUGAUUCAGUACGUUACUCAGGUUACUGACGCCUAAGAAAAGCUUAUCUGGUUAAUAAUCGGGUCCUGUUCAAAAAAUUGUCGAUGCCUUAUUUGUUGACGUGAUUAAUUUCAUUGGAGAUACUUUUAUGGCCAAUGGGCAGCUUGUACUUUUAUUCCCACUACUUACUUGAUGAUCUGGGCACAUUGAUCACAUGGUAUCCUUAGCCGCUCUUUACGUCACAGAUGCAUAUAAAAUACAUUGCACAUAUAACAUUAAAACUACUAUAGAAAUACAUGCAUGCAAGCAAGCCCUCGCCUUUCUUAAUAGCUGAAGUGUAUAAAUUCCACACUUAGUAUUUUAUCAUUUAAACGUGAAAAUAAUAUGGGAAAAUAUUAUUUUCUUUAACUAAAGAAUCAUUGAUUUUCCAAACCUAGAAUGUAGUUUUAUGUUAUUUGCCUUUCAAUUGGCUACAAUUUAAUGCAAACUAAAACGGUAAACGUUUUGAAACUUUGAUGUGAAGCUGGGGAAACUGAAACACUCGUUUUGCAGACAAAUAGUUUGCUAGAAAAUAGGGUAAAUAUAUAUUUGCUUUAUAGGCACAGGCUUUUACUUGAGUUUGAUUUUGGUCAAGCCACAUUUGCUUUAGGUAGAAGAUAAUUAUAAAUGAACAAUAUGAACAAUAAUAACUGCAGUUUCAUAAUAAAUAUGGUUAAACUGUUAAAUAUAAACUGUUAACUAAACUGUUUAUACGCCUUGCAAACUUUACAAACUUGUUUCACGGUUGACAGCCACUAAUUCAUGAAACUGCAGGCCUGUUUCCAGUUAAAAUAAAAAAAGCGUUUUGUACUUCUGUAAACUUUUAUACGUAAUUGAAAUUUGCAAAAUAUACUGAAAAAAACCAACAAGAUAGACUUUGCACUUCGCUAUGUUGCUAAAUACCUGGCUGUAUAAAUAGCCGAGCGGAAUUAGUACCCUCGCCCCAGGCUUACGCCUGGAGCGGCUUCGGAAUAAAACUGGACGAGAGAGGAUGAGGGGUGAUUUGAUGGAAAGCCACAAUCACAAUAUUUAUCCCCGAGCCAACGACGCGGAGCGCCGUUCCGGGCGUUAGCCCGGGCGAGGGUACUAAUUCCGCCCGGCUAUUUACACCCGGGGGAAAGAAAGCAUUAGCGAAGUCUAAAGUUCAUCAAUGAUCGUGGGCGUGUGACUAUGGUUCAUGGGUGGACCUCCUCACUGAUCUCAAAACCUAACUGGAAUUACUCCACAAUUUGAACUUAUUUAGUUUUAUUAAGUUAAAACAGUUUAUCGGCAAAGACGACAAAAGCAGUUUAGUUAUUAAAAUGAACAUUUCAAAACAUUUUACGAAGCGAUUCAGGUUAAAUUUUAAUUAAAUCAAAGCUCACAAAAUGCAAAAUAACAUACCUGCAGUACAUAAUUCGGAAAUUCAUUGUUGUAUAGUUAAAAGCAAUAAUCUUUCAACUAUUUUUGGCGUGUUGUUCAAAAAAAAAAAAAAAAAAUAAAUUAAAAUUGUCGUGUUGCCAUGAGCCUGCGUUCAGUGUUGAUCAAUUACUAAUACAGUACUCCAUGUAAGUCAAUGUUUGGAAAAUAUAGGCGAGGGCUUGCUGCAUUGAAGUAUUUCUAGUAGUUAAACUAAAUUAACUAAACUUCCACCAUCAUGUAUGAACAUGCGUAUCUGUAGUUGCCUGCCUAGGUUUAAAAAGGCUAACGAAAUGUUGAAUGUAUCCCACAAUUUGGAAAUGCCGUUGUUUCUAGUCGUGAAGUUUUAAUUUUCUUUUUAUUUUUCUUGUUCUUUUAGACAGUAAAGAUGAAUUUCGUCCGCUGAAGCAGGUCUAUAAUGAGGCUGAUGUCCCAGGUCAUGUCAGACAGUCCGCCUUUGCAGAAGGACAGAAUAGUGAGAAAUCAACACUUCGAAAUGAGCACUCAGAUCAUGGGGAUAACAUUCCUUUUAAACAAUCUUCUGGACAGUCAGACUCAGAUGUGUAAGUGCCUAAUAACUGUAUGUACAUAAAUUGCUGUAACAUUUGUACAACAAUCAAAUUGUAUGCAAAGAUAUUUCGUUAAAAAUUUCCUGUCACUGGUGCUUCCGGCGCUGCCAGGCAUUUUCUACCAGUAGUGCUAAACAGUCAUUGUUUUGAUCGUAGCUACAGUACCCGAAAGAAACUGUACCACAGUACAGUAAAUUUACUUGUUAAAUUACAAUAUAUUUGAAACUAUGGCUGUAUAACAUAACAACCUCGACAUGUUUAUAUAUUUAGCCAUGAUAUUUAACUGAAGCAUUCCGAGUAUUUUCUCGUGAGCUAGCAUAUCAAUCGUUUCAAAAAUUCAACACGCGCUAACAGUAGACGAUCCGCUAAUCGGUGUUCGGAAAGUAGCAAAAGUAGGGUCAAACAGAUUGUUUUAGGGUGGUGCUGGACUUCUUUACGACGGGGGGGGGUGCUAGAUAUCACUAGGUUGGUUGCGCAACCCCUGCACCCCCACGGUAGAUCCACCCCCUGUAGGAUGAAAAGUGAAAAUGAUCCCAUGUUUGAGUAUUCGCCGUACAGUGGCGGAAAUCUUGGUGGUGGUGGGGGGGGCUACCGUCCCCAUUUACGGAAAUUUGUCCGAAAUUUGAAAGUUUUGUCGAAAAUUUAGAAGAUUUUGCCCGUCCCCGGAAAAAUUGAAUUUCCGCCACUGUCGCCGUACAUAGGAAAAGUUGGUAUAGCGAAGUAAUAGGUGAAUGUUUUCUAUCAUUUAGUGAGUCAGGACGGUUAAAUGAAGAUGAAAGUGUUGCACUGUCAAUGAAUGAUCUUAAUCAAAUUCAUUUACCACGGGGUAACGUACAUGACAAAGGAACAAUUCACGUGUUGAAGGAUACGUCUACCACAGGUUUAUCCCAGCGAAACAAAGAAAUUGAAAUAAACGAUGAACAGCCAAAUCUGGGAUUUUCCAAAGAUACUGCGAGAUGUAUUCAAACUGAGAAAACAUCAGAGAAUUUAGAGGGUAAAAGCUCAGCAAGUAGGCUAGUAAAUGAAAGUGAUGAAAUUUUCGAAGCCCAGAAUAUUUCACCAACCUUAGUUGAUAGUGCAGACACUUCCUUGCACCAAACUGAGAAUCGCAUAACAGAAAGUGGCUUAAAUUCACGUAAUGUAGGGAAUUACCAGCAAGGUGUAGCAGUAAGACUCGCCGAGUUAUCUGUAAGUGAACCUUUAAAUAACAGGACAGGACUUAAUGCUUCUAAUGUGAAUCAAUAUUCGAAAGAAAGUACGCUAGAUGAUACUGAUGUUAGAAAAGAAGAAGAUGGUCUGACGGAGGCUGACAAAGGAAGACGUUCUAAAAGAUCAAGUACAUCAUCGGACAAAUCGCUAAGUCAUGGCUCUUUGCAUGAUAACUCACACACAUAUGGUAUGUUACCGUGUUCUGCAGUAAGACAGCGAGAUAACUCAGGUAACAUGCGAGAACAGAUUGAUGUGGGAACGCUAAAUAUGGAUAAACGCCGUCAUAGUACUGAACUUGAUAUGGCGGAGAUUGAAGAGCGAAGACGAAGAGAUACAGAGCAUUUUCAAGAGGAAGCUAAAGACUAUGACGUGGAGGACGCCAGCCCUACAAGGUCGUUGCGUAGUGUUGGAGGUGGAAGGUAAG